AUGGAAGAGGAAAAUAAGAAGGGAACUGUGUGUGUAACUGGUGGAACUGGAUUUGUGGGAUCUUGGCUUAUUAAGAGGCUUCUUCAACAUGGAUACUCUGUUAAUGCUACAGUAAGGAGUGAUCCAGAGUGCAAAAGAGAUGUUAGCUACCUUAGAAACCUACCAGGUGCAUCAGAUAGGCUUCGUAUAUACAAUGCAGAUCUCGACAAACCGGAUAGUUUCAAUGCAGCAAUCGAUGGCUGCAUCGGACUCUUUCACGUCGCUCAUCCUUUGGACUUCGGGGAUAAAGAAUCAGAAGAAAAAAAGACGAAAAGAGCUAUUUCUGGUUUACUUGGAAUUUUACAGGCAUGCCUUAAUUCAAAAACCGUGAAGCGAGUUGUCUAUACUUCUAGUGCAUCGGCUGUCCUUUUUAACGGUAAUAGGGACUUGGACAUAGUCGACGAGAGCUCGUGGACUGAUGUUGAAUUGAUUAGAAGCGUAACGAUGUAUGGAGGUUCUUACAUUGUAGGCAAGACGUUAACAGAAAAAACAGCUCUAGAAUUUGCUCAGAAACAUGGAUUGGAUGUUGUGACCUUAGCUCCUACAUGGAUUCAUGGUCCCUUCAUUUGUAGUCAUCUACCUGAUACAGUGUGCAUAUCAUUGGCCUUGAUUUUCGGUAAUGAGGAUCAUUACAAGUACCUUGUAGAUACCAGUUUUGUUCAUGUAGAUGAUGUGGCUAGAGCACACAUUUUCCUAUUUGAGUAUCCUAAUGCAAAAGGGAGAUACAUUUGCUCGGCUGUUGAAGUUACAAUAGACAAGUUGUCUGAAUUUUUCUCUGCUAGACACCCUGAAUAUCAAAUACCAAAUGCAGAUUCCUUGAAGGACAUUGUGCGGGUAAAAUUCUCUGGCCUUUCGUCAAAGAAACUCCUGGAAGCUGGAUUUAAUUAUCAUCAUGGUCUUGAGGAAAUAUUUGAUGGAGCAAUUGAAUCUUGCAAGCAGAAGGGUUUCAUCUAG